AUGUCCUCGCAAUUUUUAGUACACUCGCUUCCCAAAGAAAGGAGGCAUGUAAGUCCAAAAAUAAAGAGGAUUGACAACUUCGGCCCACGACUUUUCUUAUUUUUCUACUUCUUCUUCUUCAUCGGUUUUUUCUUUUUCUUUUCUUCUUUUUUUUCUUCGUCUUUUUCUUCUUCCUUUUCUUCUUUUUUUUCUGCGUCUUUUUCUUCUUCCUCUUCUUCGUCUUUUUCUUCUUCCUUUACUUCGUCUUUUUCUUCUUCCUUUUCUUCGUCUUUUUCUUCUUCCUUUACUUCGUUUUUUUCUUCUUCCUUUUCUUCGUCUUUUUCUUCUUCCUUUUCUUUAUUUUCUGCAUCUACUUUUUAUUCCUUUUCGUUUUCUUUUUCUUCUUCUUUUUCUUCAUCUAUGAAAUUUCACGUUUUUAUAAGUUUUGAAUUAUCUAUCUAUCUAUCUAUCUAUCUAUCUAUCUAUCUAUCUAAGUCUUUUCAUAUCUAUCUCUAUAUCUCUAGCACUCCCUCUCUCUCCCUAUAUAUGUUUCGUGCGUACACUCAUCUAUCUAUCUAUCUAUCUAUCUAUCUAUCUAUCUAUCUAUCUAUCUAUCUCAGUCUUUACAUAUCUAUUUCAUUCAUAUCUAUCUAUCUAUCUAUCUAUCUCAUUCUUUUCCUAUCUAUCUAUCUAUCUAUCUAUCUACCUCAUUCUAUUUAUAUCUAUCUAUCUAUCUAUCUAACUAUAUCAUUCUAUUCAUAUCUAUCUAUCUAUCUAUCUAUCUACCUCAUUCUAUUCAUAUGUAUCUAUAUAUCUAUCUAG